AUGGGUGUAUAUGAUAAGAUGUUUAUUGUGAACCAAGCGAUUUCUUUCGUUAUAGAGAGUUUUCGCAAUAGAGAGGAUGAAACGUCAUUAUCUGAAAUUGUGAAGAUAAUACAAAGUUUGUACGUAGAAGCAAAAAAAGGCAAGAAAAUGAAUGAAAAAAAAAUUCAAGAAUAUAUUGAAUUGAAAGCCAGUCUCAAUAGGCUAAAUACACAAAUAGAAAAACAAAAUUUAUUUAAUAAAAAGUUAAAGAAUGAAAUUAAUAAAAUUGAUAAAACCAAAAAAGAAUACGAAGAUGAAUUAAAAGAUACUCUAAACAAAAACAGAAUAAUAACAUCAAAGAUUAAUUAUCAAUUUGAAGAAAUACAAAGAUUAUUAGCUGAAAAAGACGACAAAAGUGAAUUCAUUGAUCAGCAAAUAAAAAACACUAAUGGAAAUUUCACUAACAAAACAACUACUUUAUUGUCAAAGAGAAUGGAAAGUGAAAAUGAAGACAAAUACUACAAAUCACUAUGCAAAACCCUGAUGAUAGAAGAUAUUUUAUCCAAUAACAUUAAUAUUGCAAAAUCUAUUAAGUUGACGGAGGAUAAUGUUAUUUUAAGUGAAAAAUAUCAUCGUUCCAAGAAAGAUCUAAAAUCGGCACUGGACAGCGCCGAACUUUGUAAAUAUAAUUACGGGUCAUAUAUCGAUGAAACGUACGACAGGAUUGAUAAAACUGAAAUACUUAAGAUGAUAAUUCAAACUUUCAAUCACUUAAUUACUAAUGGAUAUAUGUGCUAUUGGAAAUCAAUGAUUAAAGUACUAAAAAAAAAUGCAGUUCUCUGGACGACACCGACUCAUAAACCAUCUGGAACAUACUUUAAGUUUAAUUUUCCAUUUGAGGAUUGUUCCAUAUCCAGUAGCCUCACAUUUACAAUGUUACAAUAUCAAUCGGGUGUACACUUAUUACUACGCCGUGUAGCUGAUUAG